UCCAGAUGGUGGGGGAGCUGGAGGGGCUGGAGGGGCCAGGGGUGGUGUGGGGAGGAGGAGGAGGAGGUGGAGGAGGAGGAAGUGGCCAUGUGGAGGAGCUGCAGAGGGAGUUGAAGAGGCUCCAGCGGAAGGUGCGCAACACGCUGGACGACUGGCUGGAGUUCUACCGCAUCGCUACCGGGCUCCGGUGUCCGGACAUCGAGCGGCUGCCAGGGGCCCCGCGGAGAGCCCGGCGCCCGGCGCCCGCCGCCCCGCCCUCCCUCAAGCCCCCGGGGUGGGAAGACCCCCGGCCGGGCCACCCCCCCACAGCCGACCCGCCCAGACACCUCUCCGCAGCGGGGGGCUUCCUGCUCCGUGCCUCCACGCGGGACGACUGGGCCAGGACACCUCGGAGACCGGUGAAGGAGGAGUCCCGGGUCACUCAGGUCGGAGCCCUGCGUGUCCACAGCAACAUCAGACUGGAGUCGUUCAUCAUCCCCCGAAGCCCGGCGCGACCUCCAGCCGACGGAGCGGACCCCCCCGUGCCCACCCCCUCUAGCCCGUGUCCGGCGUUGCUACGGGCGACCCUGCAGAGGGACGGGGGCGCGGCGAGGGACGGGCGGCCCCAGGGCGGCGGUGGCGACGGUGGUGGCGGCGGUGGCGAUGUCAUUAAAGAGCAGUGUCAGAUGGACUCUUUCCGCCUGGUGAGGUACGAGGUGUCCGCAGGGAGGACCGGCCCGGCCAGAAGAAGCCUGCUGCAGAUCCGCCACAGCGUCGCUCCUGGCACACUGCUGAUGUACAUCAGGGGGAAGCUGCUGUUUGCCGACCACGUCCCAAACUGCUCCCGCGGCUCCAUCAGGAGCCUCCACCGACAGAUCUCCACCAGCAGAAGGGACUUCAGGCUGGGCUUGAGUCUCCCUGCAGACUACAAGAUCAGUGCUAAGCUGAAGGGCUCCGUGGCCGCAGACUCGCUGUCCACUCUCGAGUCCUGGCCGAUGUCGACCUCCCUGGACCUCAGCGAAACGCGUCUGAGGCACACGGCGACUCAAGAUCCGAUCUCCUCUUUGGAUUAA